GGCAACUUGAUGCAACCUCGCAUUGUGACGUCACUAAAUGGGCGGUCACCAUCAUCAUGGGUGGUUGCGUUAUGCAGUCAGCGCAGUGAUCUUCAGCCUCUUGGGCUUUAGGAUCCAAGGUCUUGUUUACUAAAGAGCGUGUUGUUCAGCAUCGGGCUCAAUCCUGGAGCCGUCACACCCCGAAAAAAUGUCUGCACCCCAAGUCCCUUACCCCCACCAGGCCCCCUACCCUCCCCAGCAGCCUUCAUUUCCCCAGAUGCCCUAUGAUCCCCCACCACCGUACAACCCGCACGCGGGCAAUGACGGAUACCCACAGCCGGGAUGGAUUACGACGCCACAGGCACCGCAGCAGCCCCCACCUCAACCGCAGCAGCCACAGGCUACCGUCUUCAACCCAGCAGCUCAGGGUUACGUAAAGCAAGGGUCGACCUACGUGCCCACUGGUCAGCCUGGCGUCGUGCCACCAGCAGGGUACUACCCACCGGGGGGUCAGCCAGCGGCCCCCGGCGGCUACUACAAUGGCACCACGCAGCAGCCCAUGCCAGGUGGCUACUACCCCGGACAACCUGCGCCACCUCCGGGUGCUAAUCAGGGAUACUAUGGUGCAACGGGUUACCCCGGGGGCAACACAGUCGUCGUCCGUGAACAGACCCAGGAGACAAGCCGCAUGGACGACUUGGCAAAGUGCUGCCUCGGCACCUGCUGCCUGACGUGGUUCUGCUGUUGGCUGACGGACUAGUCCGCGAGUCGGUGCCCACGACUCUCGGGUCCAACCGAGUCCGCUGCGGCAAACGUGCCAUCCAUGCAUGCCAUCACCACCACCACCACCACCAACACCAACCAUAUUAAUGGCCGCCGUCUCUCCAAGUGCGCCCACAUCCACCGCCCAGAUUGUCUCGUUUUUCUUCGUCAACUGCUACAAAUUCCUCUCCCGUAACAGCAGGCAUUAGCCAAAAAAGUACCUGCCGCGCUUGACCGACGAGAGCUAUAUAUUUGGUUGUAUUAUAUGAUCCACGAGCGGUCUUUCGGAGUUGUACUCUAGGUAGGCACCAUGAUAACAUGUAUAUGUACACGACAGAGCUUUGUUUAUAUAUUUUGUUAUAUCUCUAUACACUUUUAGACUUCUGUCCCCAGCCCCUCCCCAUUUCGCAAAGUCGGAAUUUAUUUAGAUAUCUGGGGUCCCAUAAAUUGAUGAAUGGCACAAAAAGGUGUUCGUUUAAUUUUUUUUAUAGUCGUUAAGUUCAGUAUUAUUAAUAUUCCUUUAAGUGGAGAGGCAGUUAUGUAUUUGCACGUUGUGUUCAGGGUUGUCAGCAUGCUGGCGUGAAUGAAUUUAUACGCCAGAUUCAUUUUGGUGACCGAUACUAAUGUGUAACCUGUAACAAGGUGCCAUUGAGUGGUUAUCUAGUAGUUUUGUAGGAAUAGGUGUUGAGAAAUUUGACAAAAUUACGAUAGGGUUCGUUUCUGUUCAUACUCCUUGCAUUGUGCAUAAAGGUGUUAAAAUGUUUGCUUAAUGGUAUUGAAGCAUCAUUUACGAAGAUUGUUUUCUUAGUAUUUUGGCAAUGAUGUUUGGUUGCCCCCACCCCCACCUUCUUACAUGUUGGACUCGAAGGCGACUAACUCGGUUUUUGUUGAUAUUUGUAAGAUUCUACGAUCUAUGUGAUACAAACCUCUAUACAGGAAAAAAAAAAUCCCAUUCCGUCAUGCAUGCAGUGCAGGUGUCCUGUAGUAGACCAAACCCGUCUUGUAGACCAUUCCUUGCCUGCGACACUUUGCUAGCAAGUGUGUUAAAAAGCGCUUGAGUAGGUAUAUCAUACACAUGCUGUUGGUGUAGGACGUGUUCCAAGAUAGCUGAGUUCGCGUUUUAUCUACUGUGCCCAUCAAGGCAUGGUGUAGACUGUUUUGGAGUGGCAGAUUGUAUGAAUCUCUUCCGAAAGAGCAAUGAAGAAAAGACUCCAAAUAGCAUAACGUGGUGGGCCACUGUUGGAGCAAUGCCGUUGAUGAAGAGUUGAUAAAACCUAUAUGUAUGGUUUUACCAUAUAUAUAGGUUACCUUAUAUAUCAGUAUAGGCAAUAUUGUGCCAAUAUCGGUCCAGUUCAUUGUGCUGUUUGGAUUAGUACAGAAGGAAUGGUUUUUUGGCAGUGUUGAGUCUGUCCCGAGCUGGAAAGUGUUAAUGUUUAUUCACUCGUUGAGGGUUGUUUGCAGGAUUGUUGUUUCUCCGUUGUUUCCUGUCAGAAGCUACUAUAAGCACUCUGUCGUGAAAUAAACAACAAAGAGGAAGUCAAUGUACGAUUGUUGUUGGCUUCAAGGAUUGUAGUUUAUGUGGAUUAUAACGAUUUUGCUACUGAGCUGUAGUUUUCUCUCUCUGGGCUCACAAAUGUAGAUCUGUUAACUUAAUAAACACACGUGGCGUGUUUGCGAGAU